UUUCCCUUUUUCUGAAUAAAAAAUACAAAUUCCUUCAAUAAAUUUUUUAAAAAAACUAUAUAUAUAAACAAACAUAUUCCAUCAUUCAGAAUCAACAAAACACCUCGUCUUCUCCAAAUCCCCUUUUUUCCCAAUUCAAUUCAAAACCCUUUGAUUUCAAUUUCAUUUGCGGAAAUCAUAUCAAUGGCGUCCAAUCCACAGCUGCAGUGGCCAUCAUCUCCUUCAUCAACCGAUUCAUCUUCUUCGAGCGGACCUCUCUACGAUUUAGCAGACCUCAUGGAGCAGCUCCCCAUCAAGAGGGGGCUGUCGAAGUUCUACGAUGGAAAAUCGCAGACAUUUGAAUCACUGUCGAAAGUGAAGAGCGUUGAAGAUCUGGGGAAGAGAGAGAUGAGAAGGAUCAAAUCGUGCUACAAAUUUGGUCCAAAGGCGACGAUUGCGAAGAGGUCUACGAAAACAUCGUGUGCUUCUUCCAUAGCUAAUAAAACUUCCUUGUUCAUUCAUGGCUGAACUUUUAAGCUACGACGCUACAAAUUAAUUCGUCUUCUUCUUCCUUUUCUUUUCCUUUUUUGUAUGAUAAUUUAUCUAUCAAUUUUGUUGAAGGUAGCUUUAUUAUGCUUUUUUGAAGAUAAUGAAGAUAAGAUAUGUACGUAGCUAUAUUAUUGCUCUCAUGGUACCACCACGAUAGAGAUGUCGUGAUACUAUAUAUAGCUAAGCUUUGGAAUUGAGACUUGUUAUCUAGAAAAAAACAAUUACUAGUAGUAUUUUUUGGAGAAAGUUUAAUAGUAGUACGUUAUUUUAA